AUAUUACAAUAUACUUUUCUUACCUUACCAUGGAACAUUAAUAUUUUUAUCCUUACUAUAUAAUAGUAUAUAUUUUCCUAGCCAACAAUCACUCCAUCUUCACUGAAAAUCAACUUUCAAUCUGAUGGGAAUUCCUCACUUUCUAGCAAUUCCAUACCCAAUCCCAGGUCACAUAAAUCCCCUAAUGCAAUUCUCUCAUCUUUUAUCCAAACAUGGCUGCAAGAUCACUUUCCUCAACACAGACUACAUCCACAAAAGAAUCAACAAAAACAACCUCAAAAAUGAACCAACAACAACAAUAAACUUUGUCACACUUCCAGAUGGUUUGGAGCCUGAAGAUGAUAGAAGUAACCAUAAGAAAGUUAUAUUCUCAAUCAAAAGAAACAUGCCUUUGAUGCUUCCAAAGCUCAUUGAAGAAGUGAAUGAUUUGGAUGAUGAGAAUAAGGUGUCUUGUAUUGUUGUUACUUUUAAUAUGGGUUGGGCUUUGGAAGUUGGAGUCAAAUUGGGAAUUAAAGGUGCUCUUCUUUGGACUGCUUCUGCUACUUCUCUGGCUUGUUGUUAUAGAAUUCCUCAAUUAAUUGAUGAUGGAAUUAUUGAUUCUGAAGGAUUUCCAACAAAAACACAAGAAAUUCAACUCUCUCCAAAUAUGCCUAAGAUGGAAACUACAAACUUUCCAUGGAAAGCCCAUGACAAAAUCUUAUUUGAUCAUAUUUCACAAGAGAUGCUAGCCAUAGAUUUAGGACAUUGGUGGAUUUGCAACACAACUUUUAAUUUAGAGCAUGCAACAUUUUCUAUCUCACCAAAGAUUCUAUCAAUUGGUCCAUUAAUGUCACAUGAAAAUGAAAGUAACAAAAGUUCAUUCUGGCAAGAAGACACAACUUGUUUAGAUUGGCUAGAUCAACAUCCACCUCGAUCCGUCGUAUAUGUUUCCUUCGGUAGUUUGGCAAUUAUGGACCAAAACCAAUUUAACGAACUAGCUUUAGGACUUGACCUCGUGAACAAGCCUUUUCUUUGGGUUGUUCGUCCGAGUAAUGACAACAAGAUAAAGUAUGCAUAUCCGAAUGAAUUUGUUGGAAAUAAAGGGAAGAUUGUUGGUUGGGCACCGCAGAAGAAGAUAUUGAACCAUCCGUCUAUAGCGUGUUUCGUUAGUCAUUGUGGCUGGAAUUCUACUAUAGAAGGCGUUUAUUGUGGUGUGCCUUUCUUGUGUUGGUCAUUUUACGGGGAUCAAUUUGUUAACAAGUCAUAUGUUUGUGAUGUGUGGAAAGUUGGACUUGAACUAAACAAAGAUGAAAAUGGGUUAGUAUUAAGGGAAGAGAUAAAGAAAAAAGUUGAACAGUUGCUUGGAGAUCAAGGGAUACAAGAAAGAUCCUUGAAGCUUAAGGAAUUGACAUUGGAUAACAUAGUAGAAGAAGGUCAUUCUUCAAAGAAUCUCCAAAACUUCAUCAAUUGGGCUAAGUAAUAAUAAUUCAGUAAUUGUUUGGGUAUUGUUAUAACAUUGGAUUUUUGUCUAUGUUUUACUUUAUUUCUAUUUUUAGCAUACAUUAGAAGGCACUCAUCAUAAUGGACCAAAAGUUUAACUUCACUAAGCUAAUGCACGCAUCAUGAAAUAUGAAAAACUACGCAGGCAGAAUAUCUACAAAGAAAUUCUACACUAUCUUUCGAAUGACAUGA